AUGGUGUUCCACUGCGCCCUCAACGCCAUGUUCGCCUUGGCUUGCCACUUCUCCGACCUUCCUCCUGCGGAUAGGGAGCCCACGUCGGACAUGUUCUUUCAAAAGACCAAGACAUUCGUUGGCAUCGGACUCAUUGAGCAUAACAGUCUUAGCGUUGUGCAGGCGCUGCUCAUUGUAUCGCUAUAUCUCCAGAGCACUGCGUUUCCUGACCGCUGUUGGAACAGUGUUGGUAUCGCCUGCAGGCUUGCCCAAGGGUUAGGGCUGCACAUCGAUGAUAAUGAUGGCAAGGACGGCUCGCUGGAGGCAGAGGUGAGAAGGAGGACGUGGUAUUGUUGUGUGAUUCUCGAUAUGAACGUUAGCAUGACCUUUGGCAGACCACCCAUGACCUCCACCAUUCCUGACGUCAGGUCUGCAACAUCAUUCCUUAGGUUUCACGACAAUGACGACUUUGAGUGCUCAACUGAGGAUGACGAUGUAUGUUUCUUCGUGGAAACGUUUCGUCUUAGCCAGAUUCUGGAAGCGAUUCUGCGCACGAUAUAUCAGCCCUGGCGAGACAAGCAUCAGCGAGACUUCCGCUACGUGCGCAUCCUGCUCGACGCCGGCGCCGUGGAACAGUCGUGGCAACAAUGCCAGACUAUCCUUGAGAGCAUCUCGACAACAAGCCUGUCUGUCCAGAAGUCGCUUCAGUUGCUGCGGCGGCUCUACGACGGCAUGGUGACACGCAGCCAAGCUACUACCUUGGAUAUCGACAAUGUUCCUGCCACCAGUCACCCAGUAGACGCUACGACUGAGGCUAGUGAAAUGGGCAUGAAUUCGGACAGGUUUACAAGCAUGGACGAUAUUUUUGCUGAAACGAUCGAUACGGAUAUGAUUGAGACGCUGUUCAACUCGCUGGGAUCGGGCAUUGCGUUUAGCGACGAUAUCAUCAGCUGA